CCCGUAGCAGAUCCGAGCUAUCGCUGUUGGAGGCGCAAACCGCUCCUCACGAUUGGCUCGGUUAACUAUCCGUUAAGCUAAGCUAAGCUUCGCCGGGAAAGCCACAGCAGAGCACUAGCCACGAGUAGCAAUCUCGAGCGAGCGAGUGAUAGCUACCCCUAUACUCCGCGUGCUUAUAACCAGACGUCGUCGCCCCCCAAAGAAACAACUUCUCGCUCGCACAGCAAACAGUAUCACACCAUGCACCUCACGCACCUCACACUCGUCCUGCCGGCGGUCCUCCUUUUCGCCGCGCUCAGCGUGGCGCAAAAGCCCGAGAACCCUAAACGCGACGUUGCAGAUCCGGCGCCGAUCGUCGCCGCCUCCGACGACUAUUUCGCCGAGUACGCGCGGGACCACGCCAAUCGUGGGACGUCAUACCGCCGUCGCGGCACGUGCGGGAAGGGACGCGGACGCGGGGGUAGGGGUGGUGGGGGCGGGACUGGAAGGGGCGGAUUCACGACUACUACGGGAGAGGCGCCGCCGACGGAGACGGAGGCUACCGUCGAGCCGACGGAGACUACCACUACUACCACUACCACUGAUACUGAUACUGCGACGGUCGAGCCCACUGAGACGGCCACUGAUACUGCGGUGCCGACUGAGACUACGGGCGGCGGCGGCGGCAGGGGAAGGGGACGCCGUAGGUAGAUGACUGUGGAGGCGAGGUGGCGGUGGGGAUGUAAUUGCGAGGAAUAAUAUACUGGCACUGACAAUUUUGGUCAUGGAGCGGUGGUGCUGGUAGUAAGACGUACGGUGACGACGAG